CGUGGGAGGGAGCAGGGGGUACCGGGAAGAGGCUGACAGCCCGGCCAAGAGUCGGCCUGGGGAGGUCGGGAAGCGGCAGCGUAGGAGCGACCCCGAGGCCCGGGAACGGAGCGUCGUCGGGACCGUCCAGUCCUGAGGCGACCCCAGUCACAGGAUCAGGGUGACCAAGGUGAAGCCAUGUGGCAGCUGCUGCUCCCGCUGGCCCUGUGGCUGGGCACCAUGGGCUUGGGCAGGGCUGAGCUCACAGCGGCCCAGCUCCGUGGCCUGCAGGUGGCCCUGGAGGAGUUCCACAAGCACCCACCCGUGCAGUGGGCCUUCCGGGAGACUGGUGUGAACAGUGCCAUGGACACGCCCUUCCUGGCCGGGACCUUUGUGAGGCUGGAAUUUAAGCUCCAGCAGACCAGCUGCCGGAAGAGGGACUGGAAGAAAGCUGAGUGCAAGGUCAAGCCCAACGGGAGAAAGCGGAAGUGCCUAGCCUGCAUCAAGCUGAACUCUGAGGAUAAAGUCCUGGGCCGGAUGGUUCACUGCCCCAUAGAGACUCAGGUCCAACGGGAGCCCGAGGAGCGCCAGGAAGCUCAGUGCAGCCGGGUGGAGCGGGCCGGCGAGGACCCCCACAGCUACUACUUCCCAGGACAAUUUGCCUUCUUCAAAGCCUUGCCCCCCAGCUGAGGCCCCGCUGAACUUCACCCGGCUUCCCGGAAGCUGCGGGAGGACACCAGUGAAGGCCGCCGGCCCGCCCCUCUCUGCGCCCAGGGAGGGCCACCACCAUCAUCACUGAGCUAAUAAAGCUGCUCUGCUGAGAAA